GCCCUGACUCUGUUUUUUUUUUUUUUUUUUUUUUUUUCGACUCUGGUUUUCCGCCUUGUGUUCUCCGCACCGCAGAUAUUUCGCAAAAUGCGACACCGCCGACAGGCACAUCUUUUUUCGACUUCCGAAUCAACAAAAGGCCACCAGCCGAUAAAGUCGCAGUUGGCAGUGCGUUUUCCUGCUCCUCCAGCUCUGGCGACACUCAGCGUCACAUUGACUGUGCUUACCUUCAUCAUCACCGUCAUCAUUUCUGUCAUUAGCAUGUUUUGUUUUGGCACCGCGACGGCGUUUAACAGUGCACUUGCUGCGCCCAUUCUGAAGCCUCUACCCACCGAUGCAGCCGAGGACGUUGCCGGCAGUGACAACGUCAGCGUCGUCAGAUCGACAGCAUCCAUGGCUGCCGUACCACUGCGGGUCGCCCACUGUCAGGAUACACGGUCGCAUCUGGAGCUGGACUCCUCGUCCAAGACAGCACAUGAUGACCACGGAGACGACGCGGAACCAUCUGAUUCACCCGUUGCAAGAGUCCCGCUUUUUUUGGGUGACGUUAACGAGAAGGAGGGGGUUCCACCACCCAAUUCAUUGUUGCUGUUCGCAAACCAGGGGCAGAAUAUUUGGCAUGCCAGCACAGGGGUUGUGGUUGUCGUUCCGCUGUCAGUCAAGGUGGGGGCAAGCCUUCUCGUCGAGAGCUCUGUUGUUAUCCUCGCCUCUCCCGUUGUGAAUGACGGAUCAUCGCCUAUAAAUGCCUCGGACACUGCACUCCAUCAUCAUGAUCAUGAUGGAUCGAAAGCCGACGACAACGUCUUAUACUUGCAUGGUGGCAUCCACAAACAAGAGAUGCGCCAACUGAUCUUGGUUAUAACCUGCAUCAAUCUGCUGCCACACACUCAGGAAUUCCGUAUCAGAUUCGGUCGGUGUUGUUGUACCCCUGCGCAAACAGCCGCUGAUGAUGCCGCCGAAGGCGGCGAUUGGCAGGAUGGUAAUGGCAGUGGGGGCGGCGAUGGUGCCAGGAAUGGAAGCACUAGUGGGGGUGAUUUUGCUGGGAUGGGUGAAUCGGAUGAGAUUAGGAGGGGUAGUGGCAGCAGCAGUAGUAGUAUUCGUAGUAGUAUAAGUAUUUGUAGUAAUUGCACAGGCAGCACAAAUGCCGAUGGAGUUGUUGAGAGGGGCAUUCCUGCAAAAGGUAUCGACGACGAGGGCAGUUACGGUGAUGAUUACUGGCCACACAGUCGGGGCAGUGCUGACUGGAGUAGUUAUGGCACCAGAAGGAGGAGCAGAGAGAUGACGAGGAGGAAGAGGAGGAGGAGGAAGGGGGGAGGGGAUGAGAAUGAAGGUAGUACAUGGAUGACAGCUACUACUCCCCGGCUAUCCGUGCGGGAAUGUCGUACGAUCCCAACCAAGCCCCUUGAAGACAGAAAGCGUAUGCCCCCCGGUUCGACGCACAACUUGUCCUUCUCUCUCACUGUGAUGCCCUGGUGGUUUUCCAGAUGGCAGGGCACAACAUGUUCUCUCGAGGUAGCUAUGCAGGACGUGCAGCUUGGCAGCGUGGUCGUUCCUCUCCAUACCCCACGACGUGCGCUUGAGGCCCGACGUCAUGAUGUCCGUUCCCCGACGAGAUCGUUGUUGAAGUCACCAGAUAAAAGCUCUACACCAGCGUGUCCCCCCCCCUCCUUCGAAACGUUUUUCCUUGGUAUAUCUUAUUGUCUGACCUGCACUGCUGACGAGGACAAGAUUCCUGACCCCUCUGCACCUUACUGUGAAGGGGUAAACUGCAGAAAAAGGUACGGAAAGAAAAAGCCGGUGUUUAACGAGACGUUGAGAUUGUGCGUAGCUGACGCAAACUACUGUGCGGAAGGCGACCUUAACUGCGAUCGGGCGGUGGAGUUCGACGACGAAGGGUACAUAAUCUGCAACCACGGGUAUGCCUUGAAUGACACUGCAUGCAUAUGCAAGUGGGGAUGGGCGAGCAAGAAGGGGAAGAAGUACACGAGGUGGUGCGCAUACGACACCCGGAAUCAGAAGAAGUACGUGACGUGGCCGGCCGGUGUCUUCUGGUUUAUCGUACUGACGCCGCUGACGCUGUUCCUCUUGUGCUCGGCGGGCUGCCUCUUCCUCGUUCACAGAAUAAGGAGAAGUGACAAGAGCAUUUGGGAGACCCUAGGGAAGCUUGCAGAGCACUCAGAAAAGAAGGAAGCGCAGGAGGGAGAGGAAGGUGAUGCCCCGGAAGCUGCUGCAGAGAAUCCGACGUCGGAGUCGGAGGAGAACGGAGUGGGCGAGGAGUUCGCGAGGGAGAACCCUAUGUACGGACUUCGCAAUACCGCGAACUCUCUCAAUCCUUCCGUACCCAUGACUACUAUGUCAUUCCUUCCGCAAAACAAUGCAAGGAAUUUGAUGCUGGAGAUGAACCAUCUGGGGUCGGUGGCCCGUGGGGGGCAACAUAUGAAUAUGGGCAUGAUGAUGCAACAAGCAGGUAGGGAGCAAGGGCAGGGAAGACCAGGAGGAUGGGGAUGGGGAGGGGGAGGGGGAGGGGGAGGGAUAAAUCAAGCUCCACUAACACCGAUGGAAGUGCAAAUGAAUUUUCCAAAUCAUUUUGCAGUCAGCAUGCCUGAGCUGGCGGGGACAGCAGGGCGUGCACCACCUCCAAGACAGUUUUUCUCUCCCGCAGGGAUGCCAGGGCCUCGACCUGGGUUUCCUCCCAUGGGAGGGGGGCCAGCCCAGCCAAUUAUCUUCAACAUCAAGCGCUGGCAUCGCCAAACCUCCACAAUAGAGGUCUAUGACCACAAAGGAAUGGCAAGGCAUCUGGGUAUCACCAUGUGAACAGACAUCAGCAACUGCUACAGACCACACAUGCAAAUAACAACACAGUCUGAAUUCCGUCUGAGCGAGCCCCAUCAGUUCACACUCAUACUCGCUAGUGUCACUACUAUCGCCAACCGUCCAUUCAUCCACUACGACAUUCAGACAGCCAUAAUGCCGCCUCAGCAAUACGGGUGGAUAUACAAGCUGGCACCAGUCAGAUGUAUAUUACAUCCGAACAAAACUCCUCCCUCUCCCAUCACUACGCAUCAUUUUCGCAAUUCCGCAGAACAUGCUCAACAACGGACCCAUCACCGUCGGCAUGCUAUAGCAAUAAACACUAGGCCAUCCUCCAGUGCAUGUGCCAGCAUACUAUCACCAUGCUAUAGCAUCAAAACUGCGCCAUCCCCGAUGCGCUCCGAAGCAACUCGCUUGUGAAGGCUGUAUGUUCAAAAAAAAAACAGAAAACACAUCCCCUGGCCUGUUCGCUAACCCAACACCUCAACACAACAAGCACUAACACUAAAAGCCAAGGCUGCAGCCUAUAGUCAGCCUAAGCAUCACUAUGUAUGCUAUACCAUUAUCGCUUCGCCAUCCUCCCGCCUACGAGCCAUUUCCGACUAUAGCCUAUGCCGCCUACGAGCCCUUUCUGACUAUAGCCUAUGUGACAGAGACCAGUGAGUGCAGGCUGACGGUCGAUCCAGCUCCAGGUAACUGUGCGAUUUCCAUUCCCUCCCUCUCCUAAUCCUCCUCUUACUCCAGGGCCUUCAGCCUCCAGGGAUCCUUCAAUAUACCCUUGUGCACCACUUGCUGGACCCCAAAACCAAGCACGACGCAAACUUUUUUAAUACCCCAUUUUCUGAAACGACGUUGCGCCGCCGGUGUAACCGACCACUUCUAUGUUUGCAACUCUUCUUGAUCCAACUCAAUCGAAUGAGAUUGAACUCGCGCCGCUGGCCUGCUGCCACUUCCUCCUCUUUUACUGCUCAAAAGUUAUUAUUAUUAUUUGUUAUUAUCAUAAAGGCUACAGGUUGGGCAGUUCGCCGGAAUCGCCCACGGAAAUGCUGAGACCGUUUCUUUGCUGAGUACUACCGUCUUCACCCGAAUCAAACAUCCGGUCAUUCUCACUGCAUCUAGACUUGAAGUUCCACCAAAUACAGAUAUAAUGAUCGGGGGCGGGUACUAUUUCGAUUGCCGAGUACUACUGCAGUAACAGAGCUGGGACCCAAUUCUCAAACAAGGCCCUGGCAUGCGAGUCCAAACCAGCCAACCACCCAACCUAUCCCCACGGAACGCCAAACGAUCGCUGACAAACGAUCAACAUCACUGUGCGACUUCAAUGCUCUCCUCUUUCUCCUCCUCCUCUCUCCUGGAGCAAUAACAGUCUAAAGUAUCGAUUCCUUAUCGUACACUAGCUGAAACUUGCGCAGGUAUUUGGGCAUGGCCUCUGUUGUUGGGAUGUUCUUCACCGAUUGCGAAGCCAGCCACAAAGGGAAAAAAAAAAUGUUCAGCACUGGGUCACUUUUUCUUUCUUUGGCAUGCAGCACAAGCCCCCUCCGCAAAAACAGGCUUGGAAGUACUGGUUGUCUAGAGGAGAAAAAGAUAUAUAUAUUUCCUCUGCAUUAGACUGCAUAUUUUUAUUCCAUGAUGAUGCCCGUGCAGUGCGUGCACCCGCUACAAAAUCUGCUGCUGGCAUCUAUCAUUUAGUUUGUCUCCAUAUUCUUCAACACAGUCUCAAAGUUCCAAAGUUCCAACGUUCCAAAGUCCCAAAGUUCCAAAGCAUUCAAAAUUCCAAAGUUCCAAGUUCCAAAGUUCCAAAGCAUCCAAAGUUCCAAAGUUCCACAGUUCCAAGUUCCAAAGUUCCAAAGCUCCAAAGUCCGAAGCUUCCAACCAAACUCAUAUCUGCACACUUUGCACACCAAUGGUUCUUCACAAAACCAUUGCACGUACUAUGUAUAUCGGUAAACCAAUGCCGCAUUCCCAGUCAGGGCAGCGAUGUGAUCGACUGAAAAGGGGAUGCGAUACGACGACAUCCUCGCGGCAUAACCGGUGGAAAAAAAAAAAAAAAAAAAAAAAAAAAAAAAACUCCCAGAAGACAACGGGACGCAGAGAGCUUGGCGAAGAAGCCAGAGGUGUUGCUAAGAGGAGACCCUUCGGCGGAGCGCGCGAUCCUUUGUGGACUGCCGCACUGAUGCGAGAAGGAGAGGAAAACUGUGUCCUCCUCGGAGUUUUCUGCCUGUCGUGACUGCACAUCCAUCGAUGAUGAGGGGUUAACAUUUUAGUAGUACACAUUUUAGGGAGGGUCCAUACUCCAUAGCCAGGUGCAUUCGAGGAAUAUACAUUCAAAUCAGCCUGUGCUCGCUGGAAGUGGGCUUCUGGGCCCACAACUGCCUCUUCCUCACAUCGUGACUAGUCCCGGGAAGUCCCGGGUAGUCCCGGGUCUCGACUGAGCAUUUUGUCUUUUUCUGCAGUCAAGAAUGAGAUCGGGCUAACAAACAUCCUUGCGCGCAAUUUUUGUGCACACCCACCCUCAGGGGAUUUCAACCAAAUCGUUACACUUACAUAGCCACUAAGGACAUCGCCAAACUAGUGGAGCUCACCUGGAUGCCUCACCGCGUAGUCACCGCCAGAUCUUAGUCACCCUCGGAAACGUCUUAGUGGGAGCAUGCCCCCUCAGCGUGUUUGGCGACCGCACAAUUGUCGAGAAAGAAACAAAUCGGCGCCCUGGAC